AUGGAGAAGGUCACCGAAGCCUUGCAAAAGGCCGCCAUUGGCGGCGGCGAUAAGAAGCCAAAGAAGGAGAAGAAAGCCCCGGCAGCGGCAGCGGCCGCCGACACUGGCCCUCUCGAGAUGCAGCCAGCCCCGGCCUUCCUACAGGAGCGCCUCGAUUUGUUCGACCGAUUGUACCAGGAGCAGCAAGAAGAACUCGCCAAGAAGCCCCGCGAUGAGAUCUUGAUUACCAUGCCCGACGGCACCGUCAAGCCCGGUAAAGCAUACGAGACCACCCCAGCCGACAUCGCCAAGGGCAUCUCCAACAGCUUGUACAAGCGUACCGUUGUCGCAAGGAUAGAUGGGGAGCACCUGUGGGAUAUCGAGCGCCCAAUUGAGAAAAGCUGCAAGCUGGAACUGCUCGACUUCAACGACGAUCAGGGCAAAUUUGUUUUCUCGGUCGAUAAUGGAUUCUACUACGAAAUGGCUCUGCCAGGCGGCGCUGCUGUGCAGUCUACUGAUUGGGCGCCCCUCGAGAGCAUCGUCACCAAGAUUGUGAAGGAGAAGCAGCCCUUCCAGAGACUGGAAAUGAGCAAAGAGAACCUACUCAAGAUGUUCGCCUACAACCCCUACAAGGUUCACAUCAUCAAUGACAAGAUUGCGGAUGGCACAAGAACCACCGUUUACAGGAACGGCCCCCUAAUCUUCCUUGGCGAUGCCAACAACGACUCUCUGCAGCGUAUCUACGGCGUGUCUUUCCCUGACAAGAAGCAGAUGGCCGCUCACAAGAAGUUCCUCGAGGAGGCUGCCAAGCGCGAUCACCGUUUGAUCGGGAAACAGCAGGAGCUCUUUUACUUUGAGGAGUCCUCGCCAGGUUCCGCGAUGUGGCUGCCACACGGAAUGCGCAUCAACAACGCUAUCAUGGACUACAUUCGUGAAGAGUACUGGAAGCGGGACUACGACGAAGUCAUGACCCCCAACAUGUUCAAUGUCUCCCUCUGGGAGCAAUCGGGUCACUUGGCUCACUACAAAGAGGACAUGUUCCUGCUUGAUGUGGAUAAGGAACAAUUUGGCCUCAAGCCCAUGAACUGCCCUGGUCACAAGGAGUUGCCGCUGCGCCUUGCCGACUUUGGCGUCCUUCAUCGGAAUGAGGCCAGCGGUGCACUGAGCGGCCUCACAAGAGUGAGGCGGUUCCAGCAAGACGAUGCCCAUAUCUUCUGCCGCGAGGACCAGAUCAAAGAGGAGGUCGCCGAUCUCUUCGACUUCAUGAGCUCUUUCUAUGGCAUGCUGGGUCUCACAUUCAAGCUGAAGCUGUCCACUCGCCCGGACAAGUUCAUGGGUGAGAUUUCGACCUGGGAUAGCGCUGAGGCCCGCCUCAAGGAAGCCCUCAAUGAGUUUGCUGCUGCAAACGAGGGUGUCACUUGGGAGCUCAACGCUGGUGAUGGCGCCUUUUAUGGGCCUAAGGUCGAUAUCGCUGUCCUGAGGCAAUGGCAAUGCGCCACCAUUCAACUUGACUUUCAGCAGCCUAUCAACUUCUCUCUUGAGUACCAGACUGCGGAGAGCGUGCAGAAGGACAAGAAAGACGCGGCUCCGGCCCCGGCUCCGGCCCCGGCCCCAGUCCCCGCCCCAGUGCCCGACGGUACCGCCGAGGAGAAGAAGGACGGAAGGGAGAAGAAGAAGCCACUCCUCGUCAAGAAGCCGCUUGCGCCUGGCUGUGCGCGACCGGUCAUGAUCCACCGCGCGAUGGCUGGCAGCAUUGAGCGUUUCACCGCUAUUCUAGCCGAGCAUUUUGCUGGCAAGUGGCCGUACUGGAUGUCUCCGCGUCAAGUUAUUGUCAUCCCGGUCGGCAUGGGCUUCUUGGGCUACGCUAAGGAGGUGGCUGCACUUCUGAAGAAGGAGCGCUUCCACGUUGAUGUCGAUAGCAGCGGCAACACCCUCCAGAAGAAGAUCCGCAACGGCCAGCUGGCUCAAUAUAACUUCUGCUUCGUGGUUGGUGACGACGAGAUGCGCAACCGCAAGGUCAACAUCCGCUACCGCGAUGACACCUCGACGCAGGCGAGAGACGUGCCCGUCGACCUGGAGGAUGCGAUCGAAAAGCUGCGCAAGCUCAAGGCCGACCGGGGGAUGUACAACCCCUUCCCUCACAAGAAGGAGGAGGAGGCGAAGAAGGCUUAG